AUGGCAUACGCGGUGGAACGAAGCAUUCCAUUCGAGGGGAUGUCCCUGACCCAGGUGAACCCUACGGAAGCAGUAACUCAAGCAGACCGACUGCCAAUGACCCCUCCGAAAGGCCUAUCCGGGUUGCCGAUUCUGCUGAAGGGACGCUCCAAUUACACUGAAUGGGAGUUCCACUUGGAGUGUGCAUUCAGGGACGCCGGAUUAGAGGACCUGAUUGACCUGAAGCUACCCAAACCUGCCAACACACACGCAAAAUAUGCAGCGUGGCACAACUAUUCGAUGACGGUAGCUUACUACCUUGUCGGGCAGCUGGGAGAUGAAGUGGUAAGGCAAUUCAGAAGGUCUAAAGAGGACAAAAAAUACGUCGAUGACGUGUUCAAACUGAUUCGCACCAUCGUGCUGGGACACGGUGUUGUGGAUUGCCAGAUAGUCGUGAUGAAACUAACCAGAGGCAUGCGUUCCGAUUACUCUACCGCACGUCAAUAUAUUGACGAUUUCAUGGAAGCGUACGACGUGGCCGUAAAGCUUGACUGCUCGAUCUCCCCGUUCGUGGCAAGCCUCCUGAUGAUGUACGAACUGCAGUCAGAAUUCCCUACGUGGGCGUCGACCGUGGAACACUCGAUGCCAGGAAACGCAGGUCAAACCUAUACAGAAGAGCAAUUCCGCGAUCUAUGUAGGAGCGCCCUAGAGGAGUGCAAAAGAUCCGAAAUAAGGAAGUUCGGUGCUGCCGCUGUCGGUAAGGGCAAGGGCCAGAAUCCGUCCAACAAGCCCGAUGCUACCAAAGACCAGUGGAAGGCAGCUACUUUCCCGAAAAAAGGUGUUUCUGCCAAAGAUCACGCUGCAAAGAUGCGGAAGAAGUCAGUAAACGCUGACGGCAGCUGCGGAUAUUGCAGGUCAAGAGGUCACAAACCACCAAAGUGUUGGUAUAUUGACCCUGAAUCGCGCCCAGUGGGUUGGAUCCCAUACAUCUUAGACAUCUGGUUCUACCGGGGAAGCAAUAACGAACGUAGCAAGAGGUCAGAUUCGAACUCGAAAGAUGACUCCAAAGCAGCGGCACCCGCACCUGCAAGGCAGAUAACAGAGAUGCCUGCUCAACACGUUACCCUGCAUGAAACAGAGUCAGAUAACCAAAAUUUACAAAUUUUGAAUUUUUCUGGACUGGCAGUUGGAAGCACCACUGACCGCUCCCUACACUGGAUCUACAGUACAGGAAGCUCCCAGCAUCUGACCCCUGACCGCGCCUCGCUUAACGAAUAUCACGAACUCGAUGCCUCCAACUUCUACAAAUACAGAACAUCUGACGGGAGUGUGGGUGUUGCUAAAUCUGCUGGCUACCAGACCCUGUUCCUAUCCGCAAACAACGAACGCCUCGAGAUCAAAGUCAAAGCGUUCUACCAGCCGGACCUCGCCUACGGCCUCCUUUCGGCGGACCGCCUGCGCAAGGAAUUCGGAAUAUACGCGAACACAAAGGACCUGACCCUACGCAGGGAGCAGGAUGACAAAGUGGUAGGCCACCUGCAAGCAUGCAAAAACGUGCUUUUCGUGCGUACGGAGGAUGCAGGGUUGGCCCUCGCUGUGGUGGACCCCCUGCUCCUGCACCGGCGAUACGGUCAUGCAGGAAGGUUGCCUCCGCUGCGAAAAAUCAACAAAUUGAACUCGAACACCGUGAGGACCUCCACUGCGAGGCGUGUUCCCUAG